UCGUGUUUACUGUUUACUUCCGUUCCGACAAACGCUGUGUUAUAAUACUAGUAGUGACAGUGAUCUAGAGAUCUAUAUUCUAGAUCUAGAUAUAGAAAUAGAUCUAGACUCUAGCCUAGCAAUUAAAUUGGCUUAUAAAUUGUAGAUUUAGACAUAUUGAUAUCUACCUUUUAAAUAAGGUCGAGAGCGCUAUGGGUUGUGACGGAGGUACCAUACCAAGGAGAGAUGAACUGGUGAGAACCAAAAAGAAACCAGAACAGAAAGACAAGGAUUCUGUACUUGCUUUCAAGUGGAAGCACUGUGCCAUAAGCCAAGAGGCCCUGGUCAAGCCCGUAGUUGCUUGUGAACUGGGCAGGUUGUACAACAAAGAGACUGUUCUUGAAUUUCUCUUGGACAAGAGCAAAUUUGAGGUUGCUGCACAGUUUGACCACAUUAGGGGAUUGAAGGAUAUUAAAGAGCUGAACCUGACUGACAACCCAGAGAGACGUCCUAAUGGUGCUGAAAAGGGUGAUGCCUUCAUUGACACAAGCAAGUCUGAUUUCAUAUGUCCAGUGGUUGGUUUGGAGAUGAGUGGGAAAUACAGAUUUAGUUUCAUCUGGACGUGUGGCUGUGUCAUGUCAGAGCGAGCGCUGCGAGAGGUCAAAUCGGAGGUGUGUCAUAAGUGUGGGAAAAGUUACAAGGAAGAGGAUGUGAUCCUUCUGAAUGGAUCUGAAGAGGAAGUGACUGACCUCCGUUCAAAGAUGGAAGAACGCAGAGCUUUAGCUAAAGCAGCAAAGAAAUCCAAGAAAUCUGGAAAACACAAGCUGGCCAACAGUGAAGCCAGUGAGGCGAGCACUUCAGGUUUGGGCAAGAAACCACGCUCAGAUGCACAGUCGUCCUCUUCUUCUUCCCCCCACUCAGAGUCACCUUCUCCUCCCACUGAUGCGUCUUCAAAUGGCACAGCAGACAGGAAAUCUAAAAGUUCUGUGGGGCCGUCGAAACACUCCAUUGGAAAAGGUGCUUCCAGUAAACUUCUCACUAACGGCAAAUCAGCAGAAGAGAGGAAAUCUGGCAAGAGCAAGACUGGAGGGACCAUACAGACUGACCCAAGGGCCACAAAAACUUUCAAGUCUUUGUUCACGACUUGUGAGGCAGAGAAAUUACAGCAGAAACCUCACUGGAUCACCUACAACCCCAUGUAUUACUGAAUGUUAGAGAGACGCACACUGGUCUGGGUUACAACGUAGUGCCAUGGUUUUCUUGGCUACUUUCAGGGCAAUGUACUGUGACAUGAACAGCCCUUAACAAUUGUUUCCAGUGGGGAUGCAUGUUUUCUUGUUGUUUGAUCAGUAACUCCCUACAAAGGAAUAACUUGUGGAAAAAGGGUUAACUUUUGCAGCGCAGCUAAAUAAAGUCUUAAACUAUUCCUUAUACUUAAAGUCGUGUGCUGUACUCUGUGCUUCUCAAGUAAGAUUAAGAUUAUUGUAAGAUUUGUUUUAAGUCUUUAUUCUUGCAAAAGGAACAGUUCAUUUAUUCCUUUUUCCCUCCUGCUUCAUCAGGUGUCUCAUGAUCUUCAAAUUUUCUUUCCUAGCUUGUGGUUAGAAAAUGGGCCUCUUUCUUUACCAAAGAAAACUCAAUAAAUCUGUUUUUGAUUGAGCAGCUUUGUAUGUAUCUGAAAGCUGAAUGCCCAUACCCAAACAUCUGGCACAUUCAGUUUGCAUAUGAGAUAUCUAAAAAUUGUUGUUUCCAUGCAUAAGGUGUAGCAAAUAUUGAAAUCACCAGUGAUAUGUAUGCUUAUUAUUAGUUGAAAAAUAAAAAUUAACUUUUCAUUCUUUGAAGUGAAAGGUCACUUUCG